AUGGAGAAAACCGAAGUGAUGAAACCAGAAACUCUUGAUGACCUGAUCAAAUUGCUGCAUAAACACUAUGAAAGUGAGGAUAUCAAUGUGACUGAGGUGAACAAUAUAAUGGAAGCAUAUGACAGCAAUCCACAGGAAUGGAUGAAAUUUGCAAAGUUUGACCCGUUGAGGUAAAAAAUAUUAGAAUUCUGUUUGUUAUUUCGAUUUUGAAAUUAUUAUUAUUAUUAUUAUUAUUAUUAUUAUUAUUAUUAUUAUUAUUAUGUUUUGUUGUGUUGUUGUUGUUAUUGAGUAGGCCUGUUUAAUUUAAAAUAUAUCCUAUGCCCUGCUGAUAAACAUACUAUUUUUAUUUGUUAUUUUAAAUCUAUAAAAAUAAUAUAUAUAUAUAUAUAUGCAGUUAUCACCUUAUCAUGAAAUCCUGCAACUAAUAGUAUUACAAUGAAUUGCAAAAACACCAGCAUGUUUAGCACCACAUUAACUUGAAAUUGGUGGGGUGCUGGCUAUAUGGUGUAAACUUUAACUUGAAAGGUGUAGCAUGAGUGAUCAGCAGGCAACAUUCAAUUUAGACCUCUAGAUAUAUAUACACAAUUUAGAACAACUACUUUUAGACCAGUGGAGGCUGCUGAGGGGAGGACGGCACAUGGAAACCAUAUGUUUGAUGUAUUUAAUACCAUUCCACUAAUUCCGCUCCAGCCAUUACCACGAGCCCGCCUCCUGUGAUUUAGACCUCUGGAUAGGCUUACACAUUCAACACAUGUCAUAGGCUUCUAUUCAGAGGAUUCAAUGGCAGUGGGAUAUUUGCAAUUAUUCACUGUGUUAAUAAUAUGAUAUUGUUAAUAUAGCCUACAUUUUGAAUGUUCAACUGCAAAACACAUUUGAACAGAUUAAAUUAAACUUUUGCCAUGUAAAAUAGUCUAAGCAAUAGAUGACAUAUUUUUAAAAUAUAGCCUAGCAUGCAUGCCCUCAGUUUUAAAACUUUUAAAAAGUUACAUUUGAAGAUGUUCACAACAGAAUGAGACUUUCAAAGUGAGUUUCAUUGUCUGCUUCAACGAAAAUAAAAUGCUAUAUCCACAGUUUUUCCCGGCUUGCGCCAUCAACUGGAGACUGUUUUGGUUCUUGUGGGGGGUAAAUGGAGGGUGGCAACCCAUUCGCCAAUCAGAAUUAGAGACAGAUCCACACCGGUUGCUUUGAGGACGUGCUGUGCGUUUGCGGUAUGAUCACACACUGGACCUUGCAGCUGCUACAAAAACACUGACAAAUUUCUUUGCGCCCAAAAACAUGACCGGUGUACCCAUUGACUUGCGUGCAAAACAAGGGAACAUGCAUGUGAGGGGUCAAAUUACUUUAUACACCUAAUGCGCGUGUUGCUUACAGCAUAUCAACUAUUAUAUAUAAUUUAAGCAGAGACAUGAACUGGGCCAUAGUAGGUUGUUUGAAAGGAUCUCUAUAUCAUCAGAUAUUAAUAGUCCUUUUGCAUUACUCCUAUUACAUUUAUUUAGGUCAAUCACUAAAGAAUGGCCUCUUAUCAGUAGCCUAAAUCAUUUUGUGGUGAAUUUGGGAAUAACAUUUGUUGCUCUUUUUAUGGAAAUUGGUGGAUAAAACAUUUCAGUUAGAUUGGAGCUAGAACAUAGUUUGAAAGUGUUCUGAAUGAGUCACACCACUAAGAACAAAAUCCAUUGCAAUCCAUAUGUCCAAACCCUUUUCCUCUGGUCUUUAUUCUGGCACUAGUGUAAGUAUUUGUGCCAGAUAAUUAGCAUGUACAGUAUUGGGGUAGUUGCAAAUCAGUUGGUGGCUAUACCAUACGAUUCAGUGUCCUACAUUUCAGUGUAGCUAUAACAAAGGCAUCGGAUAUCCUACCUUUGUUCUAAAAGCAUCAGUUGGACAGGUGCUGACUAACGUAAUAUUAAAUGGAAGCAAAAAUGCUAUUAAUGCUCCCAAUAAUUGAAUGUGUAAACACUAUCUUUGUUCUAACCCACACCUCUGUUUGUGUUCUGAAUGUGUUCCAGGUACACAAGGAACCUGGUGGAUAAAGGGAACGGAAAGUUCAAUCUCAUUUUACUCUGUUGGGGAGAGGGUCAAGGCAGGUUAGACAUGAUGAAAGUUAUUUGAUCUGAGCCAUUGAAAGCCCUCAUACUUCAGAAUGAAUGUGGUUAUUCCAGUGCUAUUUCUAUAAGAGUGUGUAUUGCCAGUGUCAAAUAGUAUUGACAGAACCAGUGUAAUUACAAUGUGUUAUGUGACUUGUCAGGUAAAACAUCAGUAUGUCGGUCUAGUGAAAUGAAAAGAAACAUGCUCCUGGUAGAAAGUGUAUGGAGAUAACAGAGUCCAAGGUUCUUGUUAAAGUCAACGUUAUGUACAUUUUACAAAGAUAAAUACAUUUUUGGUAACCAUAUAACAAUUUGCCCCUUUGAAACAAUCAGAUAUGGACAAUUGGUCACCUUACAUUGCUUGAGGCAGAGAGAAAGGUACAGAAUAGCAGAUUGUAGCUAAUGUAGUUUGAGAGGUGAAGUUAUACUGUAUGUCAGUAGACCACAUGAUAUAUAAAAUUUAACACAAAAGGCAGAAAAUGUCUCCUUAAACAGGAUUUGUAUUUUAGAACUAAUGAACCUGUACAGACACAUAACCAUAGGUUCUAAGGCUGAGCCCCAAAUAACACUGUUCUGGAAUAUUCUAAGGCUGAGCCUCAAAAAACACUGUUGUGGAACAUUCUAAGGUUCUAAGGCUGAGCCCCAAAUAACACUGUUGUGGAACAUUCUAAGGUUCUAAGGCUGAGCCCCAGAUAACACUGUUCUGGAACAUUCUAAGACUGUCUGUGUUUUUCACCACUUGCAGCAGUAUCCAUGACCACACAAACUCCCACUGUUUCAUGAAGAUACUGAAAGGCGAACUGAAGGAGACGAUGUUUGAAUGGCCCGAUAAAAAAACACAUGACGGUGGCAACAUGGUUCAGAAAUCUCAGAGAAUCCUGAAAGAAAACAAGUGUGCCUACAUCAAUGGUAAGAUUCAAGGCAUUUUAGUAUUUCCUCAACAUUGUGUGUCAGACAACAUAAGGAGGCAUUUAUUCAUAUGAUUUACACGCAUAAUAUGCAUGUAUAUCAUUAUAAACAUCCAUUUACAAGUAAAUACCUUUACUUUCAUGUAUUUGAUUCUCUGAAAACAAGUUGUACAUGUUACGAAGGAUGGUUACAUAUUAUACAAAUUCUAAAUGGAUACUGUAUUACUCUAUGUGUUGUGUUUGGUGUAAAAUUACCAUUAGUGGAACUAACAUCUGUGUGAUAUUUGAACGUUUCAACUUCCAGUGCCAUAUCUUAUACAGUGCCUUGCAAAAGUAUUCAUCCCCCUUGGCAUUUUUCCUAUUUUGUUGCAUUACAACCUGUAAUUUAAAUUGAUUUUUAUUUGGACAUACACAAAAUAGUCCCAAUUGGUGAAGUGAAAUGAAAAAACUAAAUACUGGAAAAGUGGUGCGUGCAUAUGUAUUCACCCCCUUUGCUAUGAAGCCCCUAAAUAAGAUCUGGUGCAACCAAUUACCUUCAGAAGUCACAUAUUAGUUAAAUAAAGUCCACAUGUGUGCAAUCUAAGUGUCACAUGAUCUCAGUAUAUAUACACCUGUUCUGAAAGGCCCCAGAGUCUGCAACACCACUAAGCAAGGGGCACCACCAAGCAAGCGGCACCAUGACAACCAAGGAGCUCUCCAAACAGGUCAGGGACAAAAUUGUGGAGAAGUACAGAUCACCCCGAGAACACCAUCCCCACAGUGAAGCAUGGUGGUGGCAGCAUCAUGCUGUGGGGAUGUUUUUCAUCGGCAGGGACUGGGAAACUGGUCAGAAUUGAAGGAAUGAUGGAUAGUGCUAAAUACAGGGAAAUUCUUGAGGGAAACCUGUUUCAGUCUUCCAGAGAUUUGAGACUAGGACGGAGGUUCACCUUCCAGCAGGACAAUGACCCUAAGCAUACUGCUAAAGCAACACUUGAGUGGUUUAAUGGGAAACAUUUAAAUGUAUUGGAAUGGCCUAGUCAAAGCCCAGACCUCAAUCCAAUUGAGAAUCUGUGGGAUGACUUGAAGAUUGCUGUACACCAGCGGAACCCAUGCAACUUGAAGGAGCUGGAGAAGUUUUGUCUUGAAGAAUGGGCAAAAAUCCCAGUGGCUAGAUGUGCCAAGCUUAUAGAGACAUACCCCAAGAGACUUGCAGCUGUAAAUGCUGCAAAAGGUGGCUCUACAAAGUAUUGACUUUGGGGGGGUGAAUAGUUAUGCACGCUCAAGUUGUCUGUUUUUUUGUCUUAUUUGUUGUUUGUUUCACAAGAAAAAAUAUUUUGCAUCUUCAAAGUGGUAGGCAUGUUGUGUAAAUCAAAUGAUACAAAUCCCCAAAAAAUCAAUUUUAAUUCCAGGUUGUAAGGCAACAAAAUAGGAAAAUGCCAAGGGGGGGUGAAUACUUUCGCAAGCCACUGUAGAUGUGUGGUGUAUGUCUGUUUUAGAUUCCAUUGGGUUGCACAGAGUAGAGAACGACAGUCACACAGACGGUUCGGUCAGUUUGCACCUGUACAGCCCCCCCUUCGAUACCUGCCAGACCUUUGACGAGCGUACAGGGCACAAGAACACUGUCAAGAUGACG